AUGACAUGCUUCCUGCUACCCGCCAUCACCGGUGUCGGCGCUGCAAUUCCUUCCCUCGUAGCCGCGUUCACACUGCGGCAGACUCGUGUGUUUGUCCGUGGUGAUCGGCACGAUGCUCGCGUGCGGUGGUUCAAGCUGCUAACCCUGCUGCCCGAGUCUAAGUUCUACGAAUACAUGCGGGUGGACAGACGGGUGUUCAUCUACCUCGUCAUUUGGCCCGACUUGGAAAUGCUGGAAGUGUUUGAGCGCGAGUUUCGCAACGAAGCUGGCAUCCCCGGUGUCGCAGGUGCUAUGGACGGCACAUACAUUCUCUGCCGAGGCCAAGGGCCACAUUGCGAGGAUUUCAGGAACAGGAAAGGCCUGUUCAGCAUCAUAGCACAAUUUAUUUGUGACUGCAGCGGCUACAUCUACGACUUCUACGUGGGAUGGCCCGGUAGCGUCAACGACGCCAGGGUCUUUCAGCACUCGCCGGCGCGACACAAGAUUGAACUGGGUGGGCUCUACGACUACGUCCUAGUCGCAGACGCUGCCUACGGUCUGCGCGACUACAUACACACCCCCUACAGGGCUCUACCCGGGCGCAGUCUGCCAGACGAGCAGCGCGUCUGGAAUCUCCAGCAGUCUCGCGCCAGGAUGAUCGUUGAGCAAGUCAACGGUCGGCUCAAGAUGCGCUGGAGAAUGCUUGACGGCAGAUUGGAGUGCGACAUCUUCCGCGCAACCCAAUACGUCGCGGCAUGCGUCGUGCUGCACAACAUUGACCUACUGCUAGGCCCUCGCCCCCGUCUUCUCCCUGAGCGCGAACGAAACACCUGGUGGCUGGACGGUCCUGCGGCCGACAUGCCCCACUUCUCCCCGCGUGCCGAAGGCUUCACGCCGACUCGUCGUCGUGCUCGGAUGGCGGCGUGCCUCUACGCCUCUUGGCGGCUUGCCGCAGGCCCAGGCCGACGGUUGACACCUCGACCGCGGAGAGAAGCUCCCGUGCGCGCACCGAUGACGUGUGAGCGGACGGGAGAUGCGGCUGCGGCGGCAUCGGUGGGCUCGUCACCCGACGCUGGCGAAGCUGGCGGCGGAGCGGAGGACAAGUUCAGUGGCGACCCACUCGGCGACGAUGCACGGCGCUGCCUCGAAGGAGUGCGCUGCCUUGCCCGACCACGGCCUGGCGACGCAGACACGGCGUCUUGGGAGCCCGCCGGCGUGACGCUUGGCGGGGGCAUCCGUCUCCUCCUCACGCGUCGGGUGAAUCCAGUCCGUCCACUCCUCACGCGCUGUCAUUGCAUUAGAUUCUAUUCGACUCCACCGUCAUUCGCAACCAUGGACGAUCUGAUCUCGUUAGGCGAGACGCUUCAGCAGGCAUCGUCAGCGCUCGUCGGCGACGACCUUCCAGACCCCGACGAUUCGCGCUCCAGCAGCGUCUCCUCUUCGCCCGUCAUCCAGCUCGUCGUGCUCGGUGCUCCGGGUGCCGGAAAAUCCGCUGUUCUCAACACUCUCAUUGGCCAUGCAGUCCUCCCAACGGCUGAGGGCGGAGCUACACGCUUCCCUGUUCUGGUGGACCUACAAAGGGACCCCAACCUGGGGGUAGGCAGCAUCCGAGCAAGUCUCGGGCCACGAGCCAACAUGCGAAAACCCUCUGAGGUGCGGCAGGCAUUGGUGGCGGACAUGUCGCAGGCCAAGUCCAAGUCCAGGAGCCGCCAGGAGGCACACCUCAUCCUCCGCUCGCCAAUUGCACCGCCAAUGCGAGUGGCGGAUCUUCCCGGAGUCGAACGGUCGUCAGACCUUGAUGGCACAGUGAGUACCUCUGUGCACUUCACUGUGUUGCCCUCUUUUUCCUUUUUUUGCAAUAGAGAUGCUACUUUGUGCAUGCGUGGAUUGGUGAGUCCCCUCGUCUCGCCAUCCUUUCACUUCGCUUGCGACCUCGUCUCAUCGGCACACUGCUGCUUGCAGCGUUGGGACUGGGAGUUCUCCCUCCUCACUUUCCUUUCGAAUGACGUCGUGUCAUGGGGUGUGCCAACAUGGAUUGGGGCUGCUGCUGCUGCUGCUGCUGCUGUGACUCCCCUCGUCUCGUCUCGUCACCUUUUCACUUCUCUUGCAACCUCGUCUGAUCGGCACACUGCUGCUUGCAGCGUUGGGAUUGGGAGCUCUCUUUCCUCGCUUUCCCUUCUAAUGACGUCAUCACGCGUGAUGACUUCUGGCACCAUGUUUCUUGUCAUCAUGCUUCCUUCGCCCCUCCCCACUCGUUUCAUACUGCCUCCACGCCAGCUGCAAGACAACGUGGCGAAUCAGGACGCCAUCAUUCUCGUGGUCAUCGCUGCCACGAGGGUCAAGGACUCUCUCAAGCUGCUGCGCCUGGCGCAUGACAUCGACCGGGAUGGCGCGCGCAGCAUAGGCGUGAUUACUCAGUUUGAUCGGGUAGUAACGGAUAAAGCAGCUGCCAAGCUCGCUCUAGAGCUCCUCCAGGGGCAGGGCGCGGCCAUGGCUCAGGACUACCCGUGGGUGCCGGUGCUGGGGCAGCCGCUGGGGGACGCGGACACGGAUGUGCCGAUGGACGAGGCGUGGCAGGGCGAGCAGAAGGCGCUGGCGAGUGUGAUGCGGGCGCUGGGCGUGAAGGGCAUGGAGGGGUCCAUGGGGCGAGACGCGCUGCUAAGGAUGAUUGCCAGGACGAUGCGAAGGAAGAUGAAGGAGAAGAUCCCCAGGAUCAUGGCUGGCCUGGAGUCACGCUCAGUGGACGUGGAGUCGGAGCUGUUGCGCCUGGGAGAGUCACUCAUAUCCGAUCUGCAGGGAUCCAGGGCCGUGGCUCUGGAGCUGUGCCGGGGGUUUGAGACACGAUUCAUUGAACACCUGGAUGGCUGUGAGGGAGGAGGCUCUCAGAUGGUUGAAAAGUUUGUCGGCACGCUGCCCCUGCGAUUUCGAGGCCUGCCAUUGGACGAGAUGUUCAAUUUUGACAACGUGAAAAAGGUGGUAGCAGAAGCGGACGGGUACCAGCCGUAUGUCAUUUCCCCGGAGAAGGGUCUGCGUCUGCUGAUUAAGCGCAGCCUCAACCUGGCCAAACAACCGGGGCUGGACUGUGUGGAUGAGGUGCACAAGAUUCUGUUGGACAUCGUUGUUGCAGCAGCGUCCACGGCUCCCUCCCUAGUCCGCUUCCCUCCCAUGAAGAAAGAGCUGGUAGCCAUAGCAUCAGCAGCACUGGACGAGUACAGGGCAGAGGCGAAGGUGAUGGUGACAGCGCUAGUGGACAUGGAGAGGGUCUUCAUCCCUGCCACGCACUUUAUCGAGGCGGAAUACAAGCGGCAGGAGACGCUGUUCAAGGAGAUGACCAACGCGAGGAAGUCUGCAUCCAGAGCGGGCGAGGGUCGGUUCGGCUCAUUCAUGUCAAGCAUGGGACGGAAGAAGGAGGCCCCCCCUCCUCCCCCACCAUCAGCGUCGUUCUCUUCUGCUGCUGCAACCGCCCCCAGCCAGCCCCAAGAGCCGCAGCGGGAACUUGCAGGGUUCCUGUGGAAAGUGAGCUCCAAGGGCGGGUGGAGCAAGCGAUGGUUCGCCCUCAGCGACAAGACUGCCAGGCUGUACUAUGUGAAGAAGCCCGACGAGAAGACUCCCAGAGGCGUCAUCCCACUAGAGGACUGCAUAGUGGAGGACAAUGUCUCCCCGGAGGAGGUCCCCUCAGCGUCGGAUCUCAAGUCUGGAAGCCCCUCCGCGCAGUCGCUGUCGUUCAAAAUCAGUAAUCGCACCCCGUACAAGACUGUGGUCAAAGUGCACAAUGCGCUCAUCCUCAGAGCUGACAACCCGGCAGAGAAGCAGCAGUGGGUGCAGCGCCUCCGCAGCCACACCAAGGCCUUCAAAGAAGCGCCCUCGCCACCACCAGAAGCAGCAGGCGCAGGGGAAGCAGGGGACGACUCCGGGGGCGCGGAUGGGGAGCGGAACGAGGGGGAGGGCGGGCCAGGGGGACUUGGGGCGGGCGUUCCCCCCGCGCCUGGGCAGCAGGGGGGGCCUGGGGGGGGGAAUCAGCGGGUGGUGAGUCCCGAGGAGGAGCUCAAGGCGAUGGCGACUGAAGUGCGGCGAUACGUGCAUGCUGUGCUGGCACACCUAGCUGAUAACAUCCCCAAGGCCAUUGUGCUGACACAAGUGGAGAAGGCAAAAGACGCCAUGCUCACAAAGCUGUACCAAAAAGUCAGUGAACUAUCGGACGAUAGUCUAUCCGUUCUCCUCCAGGAGGACAUGGAGAGCAAGGGGAAGAGGGAGCGGUUCAAGCACCUGCAGAAUGCUCUGCUGAAGCUGAAGCGGUCUCUCAGCCUACAUGAGGCGAGGGCGUCAGCGGAAGAGGAGUCUGGUGCAGGGGAGAAGGAGAAGGUGGCUGACUGGCGGGCGGCCUUCAACAAGGCAUCACCCAUGGCCCCCGUGCAUGAGGAAGAACAGUCCCCCAGAUCCUCCGCUCCUGCUCUCUCCCCAACCUCUACCAAGCCUUCCCGAACCUCCUCCGGAACUCCCAAGGGCUCAGGCUCGGGAGGAACAGGCUCGUCUCCCGCUCCUGCUGCAUCCCAAUCUGCCACUUCUGCUGCUGUGGCUUCAGCAGCAGCUGCAGCUGCAGCGUCAGGGAGAGGAGGAGCAGGAGCAGGAGCAGGAGGAGGAGGAGGAGGAGGAGGAGGGGCAGGGGGGCUAGGGGGGGCAGGAUCUGCAUCGUCCCCAUCCCCAUCCAUCUCCUACGCCCCUAGAACAACCAUGAGCAUGGCCCCUAUGACCUCCCCCAUGGGAGGAGGAGGCAGCCCCAUGGGCAUGCCUAGCAGCGGGAGCCUUGGCAGUGGUGGGGGGUAUGGUGGCAGUGUUGGCAUGAGCAGCAGUGCCAGUGCAGCAGCAGGGUACGGCAGCAGUGGGGGUUCAAGGGGGACGCCGCCUAUGGCUGGUCCUCCUAUGGGUGGUGCUCCUAUGGGUGCAGGUGCUUCUAUGGGUCAACCCAUGGGGCAGCCAAUGGGUGCGCCCAUUGCGGCUGGUCCGCCCCGGAACCCCUCGCCUCUGCGGCAGAUGCUGAGUGGUGUGGGUAUGGGGAGGAGAAUGCCUCCUGCCCCCCCCACCACCGCUGCACCCACUUACAAGUACCCAUAG